AUGGCUACUUAUCUUCAGUGUUUCUGGGGCCUAUUUCUCUCACUUUCACUUUAUUUUAUUCACUCAACACCUACACCUCAUGUUUAUAUAGUCUAUUUAGGGCUCAACCAUAUUCAUGAUCCUACUCUCACUUCAAAACAUCAUCACCAACUCCUAUCUAAUGUUUUUGCAAGUGAAGAAGAUGCUAAACGGUCCGUGCUCUACAGCUACAAGCAUAGUUUCUCAGGGUUUUCAGCAAAGCUUAAUUCAACCCAAGCAACUGCUUUAGCCAAGAUGGAAGGAGUGAUAUCAGUGUUUAGGAGCAAGACACUGCAAUUGCACACAACAAGAAGUUGGGAUUUCCUAGGCCUCACUUUGGACAACAGUGAAGUGAUGCCAUUGCAGCUAGCCUGUGGUGAUGACAUUGUUGUCGGGGUCUUUGACACAGGUAUAUGGCCAGACUCUGAGAGUUUCAAGGAAGAGCGAGGCAUGAAACCGAUUCCAUCAACCUGGAAGGGAAAAUGUGUGAAAGGUGAAAAGUUUAACCCAGCAACAGCAUGCAACCGGAAGCUAAUCGGUGCUCGUUACUACCUUAAAGGGUUUGAAGAAGAAAACGGGCCACUAAAUAUGAGUGGGAACCCAGAGUACCGAUCACCUCUAGACUUUCUUGGCCAUGGGACACACACAGCUUCAACAGCUGUAGGGUCCAUAGUGAAAAAUGCAGAUUUCUUUGGUUUGGGGCAGGGCACCGCCAGGGGAGGAGCCCCUAGAGCCCGGCUGGCAGUGUAUAAAGUAUGUUGGGGAAAGUACUUGGAUGGGAAGUGCAGCGAAGCGGAUAUAAUGGCGGCUUUUGACGAUGCUUUGCAUGAUGGAGUUCACAUAAUCUCGGCCUCAUUUGGUGAACCACCACCCUUGAGGCCAUUCUUUGCAUCAAAUGCGGCCAUAGGCUCAUUUCAUGCAAUGCAGCUUGGUAUUACUGUUGUGUUCUCUGCAGGUAAUAACGGGCCUGAGCCAUCUCUUGUAACCAAUGUUGCACCAUGGUCCAUUUCUGUUGCUGCCUCAUCUGUUGAUCGCAUGUUCCCGACCCAGAUACUGCUGGAUAAUAAUAAUCUCUCCAUCAUGGGACAAAGCUUAAUUACCACUCCCACAGAAAUCAAGGCUACAUUGGCAGACGCAAGGAUGUAUUUCGAUAAUGGGGUUUGCACGCCGGAGAAUUGGAAUACUAGUAGAUCAGCUACAGGGAAGGUAGUCCUAUGCUUCUACACCGUUGGACCAAAAAUAAGUGAAGAAGCAGCAGCAGCAGUGAAGACGGCCAAUGGAUCAGGCUUGAUCUUUGUUGUGCCUGUCACUCUUGACGUUGCUUAUGUUGACAUCAUCCCCAUUGUCCUCGUUGACUUUGAUCAAGGCACCAAAAUUAAGACCUAUCUUGCUCAGUCUCGCAGCCUCCCUAUAGUGCGGAUAAAACCGCCUAAAACCGUGACCGGAAAGUCACCGGCACCUACAGUUGCAGACUUUUCUUCUAGAGGGCCAAGCUCAACUGCACCUGAUUUUCUCAAGCCGGACGUAACUGCUCCCGGAGUAAAUAUACUAGCAGCAUGGCCUACAAAAACCCCACCAACAUUGUUACCUAGCGAUAAACGUCGAGUGAAGUGGAAUUUCCAGUCAGGAACAUCAAUGUCGUGCCCUCAUGUGUCUGGGGUUGCAGCCCUUAUCAAAUCGGUACAUCCAAGUUGGUCCCCAUCAGCCAUUAGAUCUGCUCUCAUGACCACAGCCUACACAAGGGACACAACCUCGGACAGCAUUCUCGCCGGAGGAUCAAUGAAAGCUGCCGAUCCCUUUGACAUUGGCGCCGGCCACAUUGACCCCUUAAGAGCCGUUGAUCCAGGGCUUGUUUAUGAGAUGAAAACCAGAGAUUAUAUCAUCUUCCUCUGCAAUAUUGGCUACAGCAAACAACAUAUAACGACACUUGUCCUUCCCUGUCCUGGGUUGGACACAAGCUGCUCAAAGGUACCCCAAAGCAACACAAACAUAAACUACCCAUCAAUCACAGUUUCCAAUCUCAAAUCAACAGUGACAAUCAAAAGGACUGUUCGCAAUGUGGGGCACAAGAAGAACACCUUUUACUUUGCCACCAUUGUUGAGCCUGAUGGAGUGGAGGUGUUCAUAUGGCCUAGAAUUUUGUUUUUCUCAUGGUUCAAUCAAGAAAACACAUACUAUGUGACUCUCAAACCACAGAAGAAGUCUCAAGGGAGAUAUGAUUUUGGAGAGAUUGUUUGGUCAGAUGGCUUCCAUAAAGUCAGGAGUCCAUUGGUUGUGUUUGUCAACACUACUGCUGACUACGGUGACUCCACAACAUCUACCACCACAAUUUAGGUUCAUAUAUAUGUUAUUCAAAUGAACCUUUUUUCUAUGCAAAUUUACAAAUAAUGUAAUAAUUGCAAGCAAGUUUCUUGCAAAUUAA